UGGCCACUCAUCGACCUCCCUCUUCCAUGGCGCUCCCUCACUGCCGCCAUUUCUUACUUAUUCAUCUCAUUAUCCUCUCUGCAACUUCACUGGCCUCUCCCCAAGAACAAGAGACGCCGGUCACUCGCUUCCAGCAAUACCUGAGGAUUAACACGGCUCACCCACAACCAGACUAUGCUUCCGCUGUCUCCUUUCUCAUUUCUCAAGCACAAUCCAUAGGCCUCCAGUAUCGAACUCUCGAAUUUUCACCUGGGAAGCCCCUCCUCCUCCUAACAUGGCUUGGCUCAAAUCCAUCUCUUCCCUCCCUUCUUUUCAAUUCCCAUCUCGAUUCAGUUCCGGCAGAGCCCUCCAAGUGGCUCCACCCCCCCUUCUCUGCUGUGAGGACCCCUGACGGCAAAAUUUUUGCUCGAGGAGCCCAGGACGACAAGUGCAUCGGCAUGCAAUAUAUUGAGGCAAUUAGAAAUCUAAAAAACAAGAAUUUCGCCCCUGCUCGCACAAUCCAUGUGUCUUAUGUACCGGACGAGGAAAUAGGUGGUCUUCAUGGGGCUGCUAAGUUUGUGCAUUCGGUGGACUUCGAGAAUUUGAAUGUUGGAUUUGUAUUGGAUGAAGGGCAGGCCUCGCCUGAUGACGAGUUUAGAGUUUUCUAUGCGGAUAGGUCACCAUGGGGAUUGAAAAUAAAGGCAAAUGGUCCACCGGGACACGGUUCGAGGAUGUAUGAUAACAGUGCGAUGGAGAAUUUGAUGAAGAGCCUUGAAGUUAUCAGUAGGUUUAGGGAGAGUCAAUUUGAUGUGGUUAAGGCGGGUAAAGCGGCUAAUUCCGAAGUUAUUUCGGUGAAUCCCGUUUAUGUUAAAGCUGGCGUUACUUCAGAUACAGGAUUUGCGAUGAAUGUGCAACCUUCAGAAGCAGAAGCAGGAUUCGAUCUGAGGUUGCCCCCCACUGCGAACCCAGAAGAAAUGAAAAGGAGAAUUGCUAAAGAAUGGGUUCCAGCUAUUAGAAAUAUGUCAUAUGAGAUCAUAGAGAAAGGACCCAUUAGAGACUACAUGGGGCGCCCUUUAAUGACCUUAACUAAUGCCUCCAAUUCAUGGUGGUUAGUUUUUGAGCAGGCUAUCACAUUUGCUGGGGGAAAACUAGCGAAGCCUGAAAUUCUGUCUUCAACAACUGAUGCUCGGUACAUUAGACAGACAGGAAUUCCUGUACUUGGUUUCUCACCGAUGUCAAAUAUUCCCAUCUUGCUUCAUGACCACAAUGAGCAUCUACGAGAUACUGUGUAUUUGAAGGGAAUAAAAGUAUACGAGAGUGUGAUAAGUUCCUUGAGUUCAUUUAUGGAAGCAUGAUAAUCGAUGUCCACCGUUGUUUCUUGGUAACGGACGAGGCUAUCUUGUUAAACCUCGCAACGACUGAAGGUGAAGAAUACUUGAGCCUCGUGUGACUUAUAAGGUGAAGAAUUCUGGGAGGUGGAUGCUCCCACCCCACGAGGCAUUGGGGAAUCAGAUGUUCCGGCACUGGUAAUGCGUCAUAACUUUUGAAAUUUGUCUGUGUGAUCUGUAAAUAGUUUCCAUAAGGCAUUGGAAAGCCAGUAACACGCAAGAUGUCUGUGUGACCCUUAAGUAGCACUUUGAGUUGAUAUCUAAUUUAAUCAGUUGCCACAACUCUGCGCUGGUGGGGUGGAUUGACAUGGUUUAUAAUUUUUCUGCAGUAUUCAUGAACUUGGCUUCUGUGCUUUCAUUUGCAUGCGUGUGCUUGUCUUCUAAGCAUUUUGGGUCAGCAUUUGCUCUUCUCUCAGAGCUCGGUGAUUGUUUUCUGUGGGCCAAAACUGAUUAGUGUGGAGUAUGGAGUAAUAUGAUACCCUUGUUC